UUAUUUCAGUAGAAGUUCUACUUCGAACGUUGCAACUAAAUCAUAAUGAUGACCAAGGUAGCUGUUAUCGCUCUUCUCUGCAUUGCAGGGUUAGAUGGAUAUGCUAUCCAACGUCCAGGGAUUGUUGGAAUUCCACCAGUCUUGGAAGUCCCAGAAAAUAACAUUGUCCCCGGGGACUUUGUCAAACCAUGGAUUCCGGAAGUUGGGCAAUUAAUUCCAGAAGUUAAACCAUUGCCGAUUGUGCCAGAUGUGGAAGAUGACGCUCCAUGCGUUAACACCAAACCUGGAGAUUUGACCAAACCAGCUAUUCCAGAAAUUGAUAACAUCGUUGUUAAACCUCUUCCUCUUCCAAUCCAACCCGAAGUUGAAGACCUCUUCGUUCCUGGAGAUUUAACCAAACCAGCUGUUCCAGAAAUCGAUAACAUCGUUGUUAAACCUCUUCCUCUUCCAAUCCAACCAGAAGUUGAAGAUCUCUUCGUUCCUGGAGAUUUAACUAAACCAGCUGUUCCAGAAAUCGAUAACAUCGUUGUUAAGCCUCUUCCUCUUCCAAUCCAACCUGAAGUUGAAGACCUCUUUGUACCUGGAGAUUUAACCAAACCAGCUAUUCCACAAAUCGAUGAUAUUGUUGUUAAGCCUCUUCCUCUUCCAAUCCAACCCGAAGUUGAAGAUCUCUUCGUUCCUGGAGACUUGACCAAACCAGCUAUUCCAGAAAUUGAUAACAUCGUUGUUAAACCUCUUCCUCUUCCAAUCCAACCAGAAGUUGAAGAUCUCUUCGUUCCUGGAGAUUUAACCAAACCAGCUGUUCCAGAAAUCGAUAACAUCGUUGUUAAACCUCUUCCUCUUCCAAUCCAACCCGAAGUUGAAGACCUCUUCGUUCCUGGAGACUUGACUAAACCGUCUAUUCCAGAAAUCGAUAACAUCGUUGUGAAACCUCUUCCUCUUCCAAUCCAACCCGAAGUUGAAGACCUCUUCGUUCCUGGAGAUUUAACCAAACCAGCUAUUCCACAAAUCGAUGAUAUUGUUGUUAAACCUCUUCCUCUUCCAAUCCAACCUGAAGUUGAAGAAGACUCUGAACCAUGCAAUCCAUCAAUCCAAAUCAUUCCGGAAACUAAACCUCUACCAAAACCAGAAUACCCAGAAGGUUACGAUGCAAACAACAUCAUCUUUUAAGUUUGAUAAAACAGUAUUGUUUGAGAUAAUUUUAAGAUAAUGCGUAGAGAAUAGUUUCUGAGUACAUAAAUAAACGUUGCAAACUAAAA